GACUGCGAUCUUUGCCAUGGGCGACGAGAGGUACCCAGCGCCGUCCGCGCCGCAUGGCCUCAGUCGCCUCGGCUACGAGCUCCGCGUGGCAGCAACCCUUCGGCGCGCGGCCGAGCCGCUGCUUGAGACGGACGUGUUUGCCUGGGGCUACGGCGUCGAGGGCAGCCUUGGUCGCGACAAUACGCAGACUGCGAAUCUGCCCGUGCGCGUCUCGGCGCUGCGCCACGCGUCGAUCGCGCAAGUCGCCGCGGGCCGCCACUUGACCCUAUUCCUCGACGACGCAGGACAAGUGUACCAGUGCGGCCGCGUCGGCGACUAUGUCACGGCGGCCAACUGGGUGCCCCGACCCGUGCAUGGGCUGCCACCCAUGCAGAGCGUCGCCGCCGGCACCCGCGCGUGCUUUGCCAUCGCUGCCCCGCGGCGGGUCCGACCACUCACUCUCGGCCGCGACGACGACGGCGAGGUUGCGGUGCCACUCGACGACGGCGGCGGUGUGGUGUAUGCAUGGGGAGAUGGCUGUCAUGGGCAGCUCGGGCUCGGCUGUGACGCGUCAAUGACGGUCCCGCAGCCAGUGGCGUUGCCAACACCCGUCGUCCGAGUGUGCGCGGGCCACCACUUUACGCUCGCCAUCACGUCGCAAGGCGACCUCUACUCGUGGGGCCGCAACUCCCACGGACAACUUGGCCACGGGAGUACGGCUCUCGAGCCGACGCCGCGACGGGUCGAAGGACUUCCGCGCGUACGCACAGUCGCGGCUGGGACGAGUCAUGUGCUGGCGCUCUGCGGCACGACCGUAUAUAGCUGGGGCCGCAGCCAGCACGGGUGCUUGGGUCUCGGUGGCGACGACCGCGAUGUUCCGUCGCCCGUCGAAGUCGCGUACUUCCGCUGCAUGCGCGCUGAGAAAGCGGCGGCCGGCAGCGACCACUCGCUCGUCGUGUGCAUGCUCGGGGUUCGGACCUUCCUCUACGCGUUUGGCUCGAACGCGUUUGGGCAGCUCGGCCUCAACCUCACGAUCCCAUACCUCGACACGCCCCAGUGCGCCCAAGAGUUUGAGUACGCUGCCUCGUCCCGACGCAUUGCGCAGAUCCACGCGGGCGACCGCUUCUCCGUCGCGCUGCUGACCAACGGCGAGGUGUGCACGUGGGGCGACGGAACGCAUGGCAAGACGAGUCACGGCGUGCAGCGGCAAGCAACCUGCGUCCCGUGGGCUAUCGACGCGAUCGCGUCACGCUUUGCGAUCGACGUCGCCGUCGGCUUUGCCCAUGGUCUUUGUCGUUUCCGGCAGGACGCCGCCACGCGCAUGAACCGGUUUCGCCAGUUCCUUGUGCCCCGGGUCAUCUCGCACUUGCUUCCUCCCGAGCGUGGCAGUCUCUCUCGGGCUUGUGUGUGUACGUCGACGCUCCAAACGUCGUCGGCGCCGCUCGGCCUGCACUACCACUGUACAACUUGUCAAAAACAGCCUCUCUGCCGCCACUGCAGUCUGCGCUGCCAUCGUCAGCACACGAUAGAGCUUGUCGCGCGCGAUCAUGUCGGCGCGCAGUGCGUCUGCGAGGCGUGUCCGGCCGCCACGCUGCCCUCUGUGCCCGAGAGCUCUGUGUCUAAUGCCGCAUCAACACGGCGAACGCUUCCCUUUGGUUAGCGCAGAGCGUUUAGCUGGUGGUACAAGGUUGAGCCGAGGCUGCCCGUUGUGAGCCGUCGCGCCAUAUCGAGGCGCCGG